AUGCUAUAUCGACGCACCCCGCUCACAGUUUUGCAAGGCAAAUCUGCCGCGCAAAUCCAUCUUGGUCGACAGCUCAGGACAGAGCUCGACGCUAUGAAACCUCGAGAUUCCGUGAACCCACUUCCCUUGACCAUUCACCAGCAAAACAUGAAGAAUUGGUUUGACCACCAUAAUGGAGCGAAAACCCGAAGCUUCUCCCCAGGCCAGUCCGUGUUAGCAAAAUGUCAUACGGCUAACGCAUGGAUUUGGAGACCCGGCCAAAUCAUCAAAAAGGCUGGUAAAGUGAACUAUGAGGUGGAUUUUGGAGAAUCCAUCAGACGUUUCCACACCAGCCAACUCAAAAGUGAUCACUCUCACCCUUAUCCAGCAGCCGCACAUCCAUCGACAAGUCAGCCAAACAGUCAAGCCCAGCAGCAAACCCGAACGACUACGGCCGCACCAACGCAGUCAGUCAACGUGCCGCCAGCACCGCGAAGAUCUACACGACAGCGAAAUCCUUUUUCUCGUUACGAUCCUUCACCGUAA